CAACAAAGAUAUUAUUCUUAGCAUUAACUAUAAAAGAGCUGCAUUUUUUCACAUGUUCACUAAGUCCUCUGCUGGAAAUAUCAAGAGCCUAACCAUGAAAGAGUUUCUCUUGAUUGUGAGCCUAUCAUUGGUUUUCCUAUCCGUAGAGAGUUAUCGUCAGAAAUACCAUGGAAAAUACUUCCAAUAUGGACCGUACGGAAGAAGUUCAUUGAGUGGAUUAAGAGGUGGUUUAUCUGGCGGUUUUGAUGAGGGUUUUCGUACCACAUCAUUCUCCGGUUCCAGCCUAGACGACUUCAAUUCCCUGGGAUCACUUGGGUCAUUGUCAUCAGUAAGCAGGCGAAGUUUAUUGCCUGGGAGAUAUACCUACCAGAAGCACGGACAUUCUUCAACGUAUCCCAAGUAUUUCGAUCUCGGAAGAACUUUCAGAGGUUCCAGAAAUUUCGGCAGGGAUCUCUCUUUUUCUUCGGCAAGUGUUGGAUCGGGCUUAUCCGGACUUUCUGGACUUGAUGAUAACUUUGGCGAUGAUUUCUCUUCUAGAUCAAUUGCCCCAAUUUCAACUUCCUCAAGUGCCAUCUUGAGUGGUCCAUACCCGCAGGCCUUUCCCAAGCUUGGAGGUUAUACUAAAUCAUUAAAAACCUACCCAAGCAUUAGGAGUAUUGGUUUCUCUUCAAGAUCUGGAUUAGGCUUGUCCGGAGGUUCAGGACUUAAUGGUUUUGAUAGUAGCUUUGACGAUGAUUUCUCUUCUAUCGCACCAUUUUCUGCUUCCUCUUCCUCAAGUGCCUACCAUAAGGGUCCAUACCAGCGGGCCUUUCCCAAGCUUGGAGGUUAUACUAAAUCAUUAAAAACCUACCCAAGCAUUAGGAGUAUUGGUUUCUCUUCAAGAUCUGGAUUAGGCUUGUCCGGAGGUUCAGGACUUAAUGGUUUUGAUAGUAGCUUUGACGAUGAUUUCUCUUCUAUCGCCCCAUUUUCCGCCUCCUCUUCCUCAAGUGCCUACCAUAAGGGUCCAUACUCGCAUACUUUUCCAAAGCUUGAAGGUUAUACUAGAUCAUUGAGAACCUACCCAAGCAUUAGGAGUAAUAGUUUCUCUUCCAGAUCUGGAUUAGGCUUGUCCGGAGGUUCAGGACUUAAUGGUUUUGAUAGUAGCUUUGACGAUGAUUUCUCUUCUGUUGCCCCAUUUUCCGCUUCCGCUGUCUCUGCCCCCUUGAGUGGUCUAUCCUCGAGGGCCUUUCCCAAGCUUGGAGGUUAUACAAGAUCAUUAGAAACCUACCCAAGCAUUAGAAGUGGUGGUUUCUCUUCUAGCUCCGGACUUAGUUUGUCUGGUCUUCGUGGUUUCGAAGAUGACGGUUUUUCCUCAAUUUCCCCAUUGUCCAGUCUUCCACAAAGGGGAUUCUCUGCUAGUUCUGGAUUGAGUUUGUCUGGGCUUCAAGGACUCGAUGAUGAUAGUUUUUCUUCAAUAUCUCCAGCGCCUAUUCUUCCACAAAAUUCCUAUCGGGCUGAUCCUUAUUCUUAUUUAUCUUAUCCAAAACCAUUGCCAGCUUUUAGAGGAGGUUUGACAGGACUACAAAGAAAUGAUCUGACACUCUCAUCAGGAGUAGAUGACGAUUUUAGUGCUCUCGGAGGAGGCACAAGGUCAAAUUUGAUCAGAUCGGGAAGUUUUGACGGUGAUGAUUUUGGUGAUUCGCUUGGAUUAAGAGGUGGGUUGGAUAGUGGUUUUGGCUUGUCAGGAAGUAACAGCUUUUUGUCGUCUAGUCAACUAAAUUCGGGAGCACUCCUUCAACCAAAAACACACUUAAAACCAGGACCCUAUCCUAAACUUAAUUCCAGAAGGGAUUACAUCUGAGGACUCAUUGGAAUACUAUAUGGUGGAAAGUGCGAUUUGCAACUAAUCAAAUAAAAUGAAUUCUUAAAACAUCG